AUGUCUUCAUACUGGUUGCUGAAACAUACUUUCUUGAAGAUUAAUUCUUUUCAUCAAAGUUCUCACUUUUUACAACCAUCUCGGAAAUAUUUUGCGGUUCUGCCAAAGAUGGAGGCAAUUUCGUGUCGAAUCUAUCUUUGGGCUUUUCUAAUCCUAUUUACUUUUCUGAUAUGGGAAGGACCAAGAGGAGUGACCCUGGUGGGUGCAGAUACUCCUGCAAACUGCUCAUUCGAGGAAAUAGAAGGAACGUGGAAAUUUCUCAUGGGCCCGACUACCCAAAACAACAGAGUCAACUGUUCGAAGCCAUGGAACCCCGUAAGGACGUGGAUUGUGAGUCUUCGAUUCCCUGACCUUGCUAUUGAUGAAAACGGAAGAAUUGGAUUCUGGACACUCAUAUACAAUCAGGGCUACGAGGCGGUGAUUCGUAACCGAAAAUUCUUUGGCUUCUCUGAUUUCGAAAAGAUCUCGAAGAAGAAAGUUAUUAGUUACUGCAACGUUUCCAUCGGUUGGUCUCAUAAUGACGACCAAACAGACUGGGCCUGUUACAGGGGUGAACAGAUAAAACGCUUCCGUGACACCGGGUCUCCAGUCAAGGUUACCAACCUGGACGAGUCUUCAACACAGUUUGAUGAACACGCCAUUCACAGAAGGAACGACAAGUUCAUCGAAGCAAUCAACAGACACCAAGAUUCUUGGACCGCCACCUACUACGACCGUUACAAGAACUUGACUCUCGGUGAUCUUAGACGAAGGGCAGGUGGCAAGCUUUGGAAGCGUAUAUGGCCCGACGUUGCUCCAACAGAUGAACGUACCAGACAAGUGGCAUCAAAUCUCCCAGAAAAGUUCGAUUGGCGUGACGUGGGCGGCAUCGACUAUGUGUCUCCUGUCCGUGAUCAAGGAAUUUGUGGAAGCUGCUAUGCCUUUGCUUCGACAGCAACACAGGAGUCCAGACUGAGGGUGAUGACCAAUAAUACCGUCAAGGUGGUAAUGUCUCCUCAGGAAGUGGUCAGUUGCUCGGAGUACGCCCAAGGGUGCGAAGGCGGGUUUCCAUAUCUCAUCGCAGGGAAGUACGGUCAGGACUUUGGCCUUGUGGAUGAAACUUGCUAUCCGUACCGGGAAAGAGAUGCACCUUGCAGGCAGGUAUCCUGCAGAAGAUUCCGUACCAGUGAAUACCACUACAUCGGGGGCUUUUACGGCGCUUGCAAUGAAGAUCUAAUGCGCCUGGAGCUCCUCCGCAGCGGUCCAUUGGCAAUCAGUUUUGAGGUGUACGAUGAUUUCCUUUUCUAUCGUGGAGGCAUCUACCAUCACGUCCCGAUGUAUGACCGAUUCAAUCCUUGGGAGACUACGAACCAUGUUGUAACCAUCGUAGGAUAUGGUCACAAGGGAAACAAUCCAAAGAAGGGGGAAAAGUACUGGAUUGUCCAAAAUACAUGGGGGUCGGAGUGGGGAGAGAGGGGCUACUUUAGAAUCAGGAGGGGUGUUAACGAGUGUAAUAUCGAAACCCUGGCAGUUGCCACUACACCCCUCACAAAUUAAACCAAAAUAGGAGUUGCACGUUCCCGAAGAUAAAAGGUAAGUUUGGAUGACUAACUAUGUAAAUCUAUAUCUGGAAGUGUUUUUAAGAAAAACAAAAUAUGCGUGACGACAUUGGUAAAUUUAUUAGGAGGGUUUUAUAGACUCCCCUUCCUGCAACCUUGGUGAACUAACCAUCUAAUAUUACAGCAAUGUUUGGGAAUAAAGUAUUUAUAUUGAUGUAAUGUCGUAUGGAAAUGGUUUCAUAUUUGAAUGUUUGGGUUCAAUAAAUGUGGAUUGAUAUUUUAUAUAACGUUUUCUUUAUAUAUACAUGUAUAUAUAUAUAUAAAGAAAACGUUUAUGGAAGUUAGUUGUGAGAUAAUUUAAAAUUUGAUUGAAGUGCAUAUUGAAAUUCAAAUAUAUUAUAGUAUCACUGAAGGGGGAAUUAGUAAAUUGAUAUGAAAGAACCUACAUGUAGUGUAGUAGUAGUCUCGAUUAAUUUGAAAUGUGUAAUCUGUGGGUAUGGUAAACAAAGAACAAAAUGUAGCUUUCGAAAGAAGGUGAAGGUGUGUGACAACACUUCAGUGAUGGUUGAAUGUGUAUUUUGUGUGAUAAAGAGUUAUUCUUUGUAAAUAAUAGUCAAAUAUAUUAUUUGUAAUACUGGCAUGAAAAUUCGUAAUCUCUUGUUGAUUUACUGUACCUGUAACUGUAACACUGCGCGAUUUAUGAUCUUUUCUUGAAAAAUUAACUGGUGAUGUACAUACUAUUACAUGAUAGCAUACAUGUAUUUCUACAUCACGUUUUCACUUUUGAGCUGGGACUCCUAUGAAACACAAUUUAUGCUAAAAAUUUUUCUGCUUUAUACCAAAUGUGAUAUGCAAUACAUUAUUAGAUCUCCGUUUUUGAUCGGUUAAGUUUUUUUUGUAAUAGCCUGUUGUACAGGUCGCAUUUCCAGUUAUGUUCUAUAAAGCAACAAUUCACACGUCUUCCUGAUUUAUGUCAUGUUUUAUUUUUAUGACAUAGCUUUAUAUUAUCUACAUUUGAUUUGAUCUUAUUAUUUGGCUCAAACUAUGUAGAAUGAUGUUAUCAGCAUUAGAUAAAUCAAUCUAGAUCUUGGAAUCUGUAGCACAAUAACCUUCAAACAUGUUUAUGUAAAUUCGUAGUCAGUCCUUUUUCAUUGUAUGUAAAUACUCCAUGCUGUCGUUUUCAUUUAAUAAUUGAUACUGCUUUUGCUGGAAUGACCACGGGAACACGAUUUAAACAUUGCUUUUUUUUUUGAGUUAUGAUUUAUUUUGAACGCAUGAAAUCACUUUGGUAAAAGGUGCGAAAAUGAUAUGGUUAAAGAACCGCACUGACAGUCAUUAUCAACUAGCUUCUUUAUAAUGUUUCGUAUUAAAUGUCCUCUCCGUAGACAAUUUAUUUCUGUCUCGAGAGUUCAUCAUUUUUAAAUGACCGACCAAGCGAUUGAUGCUUAAUCCCGUUGUGACGUCAUGUAACGUUUGAAGAAGCACAUCAUAUUAAUUUUGUGCUCAAGACACGCAUGCCAACGUUCUAUACUGGGCACAUCAAAAUUACCAAGAUUUUCAACAGCUUAGCAUGUCCAUUUUCAUAUUGUACCUUAAGAGUUCGUUUGUAAAGCAAAAUUCGUAAAAAAAUGUUCAUCAAAUUAUAUUCACAGUAUAAAGGGAAUUGUAUAUUGUUUAAGAUAUUCGUAUUUUGAUAAUGAAUCGUUUCAAUUUAAUGCAUUUACUCUAUAUUGUAAACGUUGAUAGCUAUAUUCCAUGUAAUUUGCAAUUUCACUCUAAGACACCAUUUUGGUGUGAAAACAUGUAUAUAAAGUAAUGUUAUCUUUAUGAAAGAGAUUUAUAAUGAUUUUCCUCUUCUUUCCUGGAUCGACAAUUAUCUAUUUUGGUUUUCGGUUGGAAUAGUAAUCUAAUUUCUAUCAACAUACAUGUAUUAGUAUUUUGCACGAAAAGGGAAAAAAAGGGGAGUAAAGUAGUCUAAAAUAAUACAAUUUGAAAUGCUUAUUGAUCUUUCUCACCGUUUUAACUUAAGUUUUAUUAUUUGUAUUUGUUGAAAAAAAUACGUCUGGAUAUCGAUUUAAUAAACUCCUUUUCUUUACUGUU